CGGGCACGUGGCAGGAGGAGUCUAUAGUUUCGCGCCACUUUUGGUUGCGGCGGCAGCAGCGAGAGUGUGGAGCGGUGCUGGGCGGCAGCAGCCCGGACGGGACGGACCCCAGCGGGGACCCGUAGCCAACGGGCCGCGAGCGGCCGGGACGGACCCCAACCGGGAUCCGUAGCCAACGGGACGGGACUGACCCCAACGGGGACCUGUAGCGGGACCGACCCAAUCGGGGACACGGAGGAACCUGGGACUGAGGGACCCCCCAACCCCCACCAUGGCGCCCAGAGACUACGCCGCGGAGACAGAGAAGGUGAAGCGCUUCUUGCAGGAAUUCUGCCGGGAUGGCGAGCUCGGCAAGAAGGAUUUCCCGUAUCGGGACCAGCUGGUGUCUCUGGCUCACCGGGAGCAGGUGGCCCUGUACGUUGACCUGGACGAGGUGGCUGAGGAGGACCCCGAGCUGGUGGACGCCGUGUGCGAGAACGCCAAGCGCUACGUCCGCCUCUUCGCCGACGCUGUGCACGAGUUGCUGCCCCAGCACAAGGAGCGGGAGGUGGUGCACAAGGACGUCCUAGAUGUGUACAUUGAGCACCGGCUGAUGCUGGAGCAGCGCGGCCGGGACACGGGGGAGACGCACAGCCCCCAGAACCAGUACCCCCCGGAGCUGCUGCGUCGCUUCGAGCUGUACUUCAAGGCCCCAUCGGGCUCCAAGGCCCGGGUGAUCCGGGACGUGAAGGCCGACUGCAUCGGGAAGCUGGUCACCGUCCGCGGCAUCGUCACCCGUGUCACUGAGGUCAAGCCCAUGAUGGUGGUGGCGACCUACAGCUGCGACCAGUGCGGAGCAGAGACCUACCAGCCGAUCCAGUCCCUGACUUUCAUGCCGCUGAUCAUGUGCCCGAGCCAGGAGUGCCAGACCAACCGCUCCGGGGGGCGUCUCUACCUGCAGAGCCGUGGCUCCAAGUUCAUCAAGUUCCAGGAGCUGAAGAUGCAGGAGCAUAGCGACCAGGUGCCGGUAGGGCACCUCCCGCGCUCCAUCAGCGUGGCUGUGCAUGGCGAGAACACGCGGCUGGCCCAGCCUGGGGACCACGUCAGCAUCACCGGCGUCUUCCUGCCCCUGCUGAGAGCUGGCUUCCGGCAGAUGGCCCAGGGGCUGAUCUCCGAGACCUACCUGGAGGCGCAUCGCAUCGUGAAGAUGAACAAGAGCGAGGAGGACGAGCUGGGGUCAGGGGAGCUGACAGAGGACGAGCUGCGCCAGAUCACAGAGGAGGAUUUCUACGACAAGCUGGCAGCCUCCAUCGCCCCCGAGAUCUACGGGCAUGAGGAUGUGAAGAAGGCCCUGCUGCUGCUGCUGGUGGGGGGCGUGGACCGUAACCCCCGGGGCAUGAAGAUUCGGGGGAACAUCAACAUCUGCCUGAUGGGUGACCCAGGCGUGGCCAAGUCCCAGCUGCUCUCGUACAUCGACCGCCUGGCCCCCCGCAGUCAGUACACGACGGGGCGUGGCUCGUCGGGCGUGGGGCUGACGGCCGCCGUGCUGCGGGACCCGGUGACGGGGGAGCUGGCCCUGGAGGGCGGGGCGCUGGUCCUGGCUGACCAGGGCGUCUGCUGCAUCGACGAGUUCGACAAGAUGCUGGAGAGCGACCGCACGGCCAUCCACGAGGUGAUGGAGCAGCAGACCAUCUCCAUUGCCAAGGCAGGCGUGCUGGCCACCCUCAACGCCCGCUGCGCCAUCCUGGCGGCCGCCAACCCCGCCUACGGGCGCUACAACCCCAAGCGCAGCCUGGAGCAGAACGUGCAGCUGCCGGCGGCUCUGCUCUCCCGCUUCGACCUGCUCUGGCUGAUCCAGGACCGGCCCGACCGGGACAACGACCUGCGGUUGGCCCAGCACAUCACCUACGUCCAUCAGCACAGCCGGCAGCCGCCCUGCGCCUUCCAGCAGCUCGACAUGAAGCUCAUGAGGCGCUACAUCAGCAUGUGUAAACGGAAGCAGCCGACCGUGCCGGAGGCGCUGGCUGAUUACAUCACAGCCGCCUACGUGGAGAUGCGCAAGGAGGCCUGGGCCAGCAAAGACACGACCUUCACGUCGGCCCGCACACUGCUGGGCAUCCUGCGUCUGGCCAGUGCCCUGGCCCGGCUGCGGCUGGUGGAUGUGGUAGAGAAGGAGGACGUGAACGAGGCCAUGCGGCUCAUGGAGAUGUCCAAGGACUCGCUGCUGGGGGACAAGGGGCAGCAAACCAGGACACAGCGGCCAGCGGACGUGAUCUUUGCGGCGGUGCGGGACUGUGAUUACUGGUACCUAAAGUGA